AUGGAACAUUCCAAAUGGAUCGUAUGGGCACAGUCGCCCGACUGGCAGCGCAUCUUUGCGCCGGAGCUCGAACAAGGCACCGGCUCUUCAGAGCUCCUUGGACGCCUUUCAGAAGAUCCAGCCCUUGUCGCAACAUCAGCUUUGAUCUCCACAGGCCACAUACUCACGAUCCGUCACUCACGUAUGAGUCCUCUCAUUGCACGCUGUAUCUGGGAACUGCGCAGCUUCGUAACUCGGACAAUCAACGAAGCUCUCCGAGACCCUGAGCGCGGUACAUGCGACGCUCUCAUCGGUGCGGUCCUGAUCCUAGCCAAACACGAAGGACUCCAGGGCAAAGCUGACAGCUACCAUAUCCACAUGCGAGGUCUUGUUCAAAUGAUCAAUCUCCGUGGUGGACUUGUGAGUCUGAACAGGCGGCAGAAGUAUCUGGAGAGUAUGGUGAAUUGGCAGGAUGCGAAUGUCUCUGCCGUGAUGGGAAACACAAACACGUAA